AUGAACGACGCUGAGGAAGACUGGCAGGAUCCACUUUUGGAUGUGAGUAUUCCCUAUAAUUCGCUUGCACCCUAUGCACUGACUUGCUAUCAAUUGGACGAGGAUCUUCAAGAUUUAAUAUCAUUUUUUUCGACUUUGAGCAAGGAGGAUUUAGCCCAUAAUAUAAAUGAGACAUCUUUUGAAUCUAGUCUACGUGUAUUGAAGAAUGUUUUACUUGCUCAACCGAACAAAUUUCUAAAUUCUAGUGGGAGACCAUUUACAUAUGAAUCGCCUGAAAAUGCAGAAAGUUCACGUAGAGAUAAUCGCUUUGCAAAUACCGAUAAACUUGUUAAACUCCAAAAGAAUGAAUCUAUUGUUAUUGAUACUUCUAUACCGGAUUCUCUUAAUGGUAUUGUUAGGACUACAAAUGAAAGUUCAGUUAAAGCAGACCUAGCGGGUGGUGACCUAACUACAAACACCUCUCAAGUUCAUGAAGGAAAUAUUCAAGUUUCUAAUUCUGCAUAUGGAACGGUGAGUAGUGGUGGUGAGAAUCAAUUUGCAGACCAAUCUAAGAUGUUAAUGGCAUUUUUCAAGGAGUUAGAAGCUGCCAAGCUCUUUGAGAAUUUAGAAUCUUUUUCUGGAAUAUUGGCAGUGCAUUCUAUUCAUUUGAGGAUCCUUCAAGAUGUGGUUAGUGAUGUUUUUAGAGUAGAAGAGCUUAGAUUAAGGCUUUGUUCACAACUCGCGGCCUUGUUAAACCCAAUUAUUUUAUCAAGACUAGAAUCCUACAGUAAUUCACUGUUCCUCACAGCAUUUACUGUCCCCUCAGGCAGCGUAUCAUCCCUUGAUAUGAGAGAAAGUAAUUACUCAUUACCUAAUCCAAUUAUUUAUAAGUGGCCAUCUAACUCCGUUAGCAUUGAAGACUACAAACUGUAUAUGUCGAGACUUCCUCUUUUAUGUUUUUCCGAAACAUUUAAAUUAGGUUCAUGUAUCAAUCAGUCACAGAAAUUUAAUGAAAAUCAAAAAACAAUAGAAUCCAAUGGUGAGCAGACCAUUGAUUUUUCUGAUAUUUAUCCGGAUGAAUGUUCUGUCAGGAUAAAAUCACUAGAUUCAAUUUAUAAUUAUGAAAAUGUCUCUCAGAUGGAUCAUCCCCUAUUUCAAGUAGAUUAUAACCUUAACAGCAACUUGAAUACCAACAGUAAUUUUGUUCAUCAUCCUUUAUGUACUGAUAUUGCUCAAGAUUCAAAAGACAUUGAGAGAGACAUUAUAUAUGUUAAUGGAAAGGAGUAUAGUGGAGCUAAUGGUGGCUAUGAAAGAAUCGUAUUUAUUGUAGCAAACCUUAUUGAAAACUAUUGGUUGAAAUCCUUAAAAGAGCUUGAUAAUUUUAAUACAAAUGUUGAUAUUAAAGAAAGUGCUGCACAAAGUAACUGUAAGACUGUUGAACUUUGCAAUGGGUCAAUGUUUAACUUUGCCGAUGGUGAAUUAAAUGAAGGUUACGAAGAGAGGAACACUGAAUCCGUCAUUAUUGCAACUAUAUUGCUUCAUAUUUUAAGUAGAACAUUUUCGGGUGGUACAUGCUUUGAUAAAGUCUCUCUUGUAUAUAAUAAACCUGAUUGUAUUGUGAUUUCUCCUAAUAGCAAGAGGGCAAGGCCAUUGGAGAUGCUUAUACUACCAAAUGUUGCUUUAAUGCUCUCAACAUUGAGGUUUAGACUAUAUGAAGUUAUGGAAAAUUUAACCAUAAAUACCCGGCCCUGUUUUCUAAUCGACACCCAUGUGGUAACUAGGCUUGUUCCUGAUUCUGGAUUAAUUGAGUCACUUCCAUACUACUCUUUUCAUAUGUUAUCCAGAACUCCAGUAAACAAAAUUCCUCAAUCAAUCUAUCAGCAUCUAAUCAAAUCUGCAAAUUUGUUUUUUACUAAAAAUGUUGUUUUCACAAGAGUUAAGGUCCCGAAGAAUACUGAAGUAGAUGCUAAAACAGAGUCUCUAGAACAAGCAGAAGAUGAAAAUUCACAACUAAAUGUUGUCAAUUCAUUUGAUGAUCUUGAAGACCAGUGUGAAAAACUCAACACAGUUCAAAAAGAGUGUAAAGAAGGUGAUCAAAAUACCUCGGAGACUUUUAUUUGCAAUAAUAAAUGCUUAGAUACUGAUAAGAUCAUCGAAGUCACUGGAGACGAUUUGACUAUAAUAACCCCAGGUGAAGCAGCUUUGUUUAGAAUGUUCACAAAUAUUCAGGAUAAGGAAGCUAUAAAUAGCAGCAUAGAAAACAUUAGCUUGAGUAACUCUGAAAACUAUACGAGCAAAGAGGCUGUAGAUGAUAGAGAUCGUUAUUAUUAUGAUUCCAAUUCUAAUGAAUCGAUUAAAGAAGAGCUUAAGGGUAACGACUCUAGUUUGGCCAACUCUGAAUCAAAAUCUCAACUUGGAAUUGGAGUGCAAGAUAUCAAAAGUAUGAUUGAGUCUGAUAGAUCCACUCAAAUUCAAGUAUCUAACAACUUCCAUAUAGAAGAACAAGAAAGAAGUCAUUGUCCACCUCAAGAUAACUGCACUAUUCCACAUGAAAAGAAUUUAGAAGGUCAAAUCUUAAAUAAUAUCAAGAAUUCUCCAUAUUCUGGAUAUAUUUCUAAUGAAAUCAGAGAUGAUAAUAAACACAACUGCAUCAGUUUUGGCCAGGAAUCCAAUGACCUACAAUCUAGCAAAAAUAUUCCCAAGCUGUAUUUUUGCAAUAAUAUUGAUUUCCCAGAUUCAUGUUCUUUGACAUCAAAUAUUUACAUCGCAUCAUCUGAGAACUCGUCUAAUCUUGCCAAUGAUUUAUGUAAUUUACCAGCUGAUUCAAUUGGAGCUAUUGACCAAGAAAAUCAACAACUUGCUCUUUUCUUACAAUCAAAAAGGGUUAUUUCUCAAUUUGGAAUAUUUAAUAUUAUUAAUACUUAA